AACGGUGACCCACAUUCAUGACUUGGGAGUAGUGUGAAACUAUGCCUGCCAUAUUCCAUAUUGUUGUUUUCGUUAUUCUAGUCAUUAACGGAUUGUUCGACAGAGUUGGUUGCAAUAGCCCACCAUUGUUCAGAACAGGAAGUAACGUUCUAAUCAAGCCGGAAAAUACCCCAGUGGGGUCGGUGCUGUUAACCCUGACGGCCGCUGACAGUGACGGUCCCUCAGACUUGGUGUUCACAGUUGGGGAUACGGCGACGGGGGACCUGGUCAAGCUGGACCACGAAGCCAAGAAGAGUAAUAACGAAUGGACUGUUGAUGUCGUCCUCAAAACACAUCUGGACAGGGAUUUUCAUUCCAGAACACGACACUUGAUGUUUGAGGUGACGGACGGUGUCUACAAGAUUCCAGUGCAGUUUAAUUUAAUUAUUACGGAUACCAACGACGAAACUCCACACUUCAUCAAUCUACCACAUAAAAUCACACUUUCAGAGACAACUGCUGUGGGUACGGCCAUCUACCAAGUGAAUGCCACAGACGCUGACACCGGUCCUGGGGGAGUGAUAACGUACUCACUUCAACUGUCCGACGGAACGACCACGCCCUUCAGUAUAGCAGCCGCUACGGGGGAGAUUAAGCUUGGUGACAAACUGGACUUUGAACAGAGGACUUCCUACAGCUGUAACAUUACUGCAACGGAUGGUGGCGGUCUAACGUCGACGUCAACGUUUGACGUUUCUGUGACAGAUGCUCAGGACACUCCCCCUGUGUUUGAGCGACCCUCAUACACCGUCCAUAUAUCAGAGAACGCUCUUGCGGGCAGCGCUGUUGUGACAGUGAGGACAGAAGAUGGCGACACAACACUGCAAAACAAGGUGGUCCUGGGCUUAGACACAGGCCCUUGUACCAGUAUCUUUAAAAUUGACUCCAGUACAGGGGAGAUAACUCUUACAUCAAGUCCUGAUAGAGAGGACGUCUUAUUUAAAGACAACAAUGGCGUCUGCAUGCUGAACGUCACGGCUACAGAGGACAGUGGUGACCGGCUACAGUAUGGAUUGUCGUUUUCAUGGGUGAUGGUGAUGGUGUUUGUCACUGACGUCAACGACAACCACCCUACGUUCAGUGCAGGGAAGGUAAAGGCGUACACGGCGAGGGAUGUCCCCGAAGGUGCGCCGGUUGUCUUUGCACAACCCCAGUUUCUCACAGUUGUGGACGACGAUAGGGGCCCAAAUGGCAUCAUGGAGAUCUUCCUGCAGUCAAUUGGCAACAAACACGACACCGUGUUUCAAGUAUCGCCCCAGAGGGCGUAUUCCCAAGCACAGAUUUUCCUCAAUGUGUUCAAUGCUUCCGCACUGCGGACAUAUCCUUACGACGUAAUUACAGUUGAGCUGUACGCCAGAGAGACGUCAUCAUCCAGUCACGUCGCCAUGGUGACGGUGUCAAUCGACGUGCAGAACACCCAGUCCCAAUGUAACCACGUUCCUGUGGUCGGCUGACGUGUUGGGGCGUAAGGUAGAAAUCAUGUCUUGUCAGUUGAGGAGGGAUGGAGGGGGUGUGCAGAUGUAUUCCUUCUUUCCUUCGUAAACUAGUCUAAAUGUCACGAGAAGUUAACGGUGCUCCUUUGAAUUAAAAGUGUUCCUGUAAA